CACGCUGGCUGCUUGAGUUAUAAGAUCUGGUUUGAGAAUAGUUUCAGAUAAUAGAUAGACUCUCCUGCUGGCUCGCACUGUUCCAGAAUUUCUUUACUUCAUGUGACUUAUAACAACAUAAAAACCGAAAGUUUGUAGAAUCAGACCAGACCAUGGCAAGUUACCCACAGUCCUUGUCUGAGGAGAUCCUAGAGAAGUUCAACCAGGCCAUUUCUGCUGAUGGUCCAGGGGUGUCUCGGGCUAGGGCAGCCUCUAUCUCCACACGUCGAAGCUCUCAUUCUAUUGAUAUGUCUCCACGACCUAUCCUGAGAUUAAAAAGUAUUGAGGAACGUGCCCCUAACCUUUCCCGCAGGAACUCUAGCAUCAGCAAUAUUAAUUUGCCCUUCUCUCGACGGAACUCCCUGUGCGCUGGGGGUCCAGGCAAGCGCCUGUCUCUUGGACCUUGGGCACAUUAUGGACGAGUGAGCUUUUCAGGUCUUCCUCUAUUUCAGCCAAUUAGGGAAGUUCAGUAUGAAAACACUUACAAGACCUGUCCAGAUGAGGACUGCAGAUUUAAACUAGGGAGGGUCCAAAAUAUUCUGGAGAAGACACUCGGCAGCUACCUAGGUGGCUCUACAUAUACUCCACUGACCAGUGGGCAACUGACCCAGAACUUGUCUGAAAUUAUCCGCAACAAACUAAAAGACCACAUCCCCCCACGUUAUAAGGUGGUGUGCAAUGUCAUAUUGGGUGAAAAGGGCAAUCAAGGGGUGAAAAUAUCUAGUCGCUCCUUGUGGGAUUCCCAAAAUGAUAAUUAUGCAUCCGCUACAUACACCAAUACAUCUCUGUUUGCUGUAGCUAUGGUACAUGGAAUGUAUUAUGAAUAGAGUUGAUACAUAAUAUCAAACAUGCACAAACACAACACAUUUCAGGUGUAAAUGUAUCUGCUUCACUAAUGAUGAGUUAUACAGUAUUGGCACAAAUAUACUGUUUUGUAUUUCUACAUAAAACAACAAGAUGCUGUGUCACUUAGGGGUAAAAGUCAGGAGACAUUUACAAAUAUUGUUCUAUCAUCUCAUUACAAUGCUGCAUUUUUAUAUAUAAUUAUAGUAAAAACAUUUAUUGACUCAGAUGAUUUGCUUCUAGGAUUAUUAUAAUUAACCCCUAGAUUGUAGCUUGUAUUAUAUAACCUUCCAACCAUGAGAAAAAGGGUCACAGCAUCUCUUAUGCAUAUGAAAGAGCACAGUUUAAACAUGUUGUACAUUUUUUGCAUGAAAAAAUUAUCUUAAAGGGACAGUAUACACCAAUUUUCAUAUAACUGCAUGUAAUAGACACUACUAUAAAGAAUAGGAUGCACAGAUACUGAUGUAAAAAUCCAGUAUAAAAUCUUUUUUGAAAACGUACUUAGAAGCUCCCAGUUUAGCACUGCUGGUGAGGUUAGGCUGGGACACCCAGUGAAAGGGGCAGGAAAAACAGGAACAGCAAGCACCCCCCCUUCCCUGCAUAUGAAAAGAAAAAUUAUACAAACAGGAGCCACAGUUUACUCCUAUUAUCAAUUUUUCUUUGUUCUCUUGCUAUCUUUAUUUGAAAAAGAAGGCAUUUAAGCUAAGUAGCCAGCCAAUUUUUGGUUGAGACUCUGGACAGCACUUUAUUCCACCAAUCAGCAAGAACAACCCAGGUUGUUCACCAAAAAUGGUCCGGCAUCUAAACUUACGUUCUUGCUUUUCAAAUAAAGAUACAAAGAUAAUGAAGAAAAAUUGAUAAUAGGAGUAAAUUAGAAAGUUGCUUAAAAUUGCAUGCUCUAUCUGAAUCACAAAAUAAUUUUUUUGGGUUCAGUGUCCCUUUAAAGAGAGACAAUCCACAAGCAUUAAAAACAUUUUUCUCUAUCAUUCAUUCAUUUGUAUCCAUUUACGUUCAUCCCAUUCAGUCAGCAAACCUCAGCAGUGCCAGUUCACUUUCAAUUAAUAAAUUCCUUAGGCGAUGCCAGGGCUGGUGUCUAAUA